UGAUGUUUGUAGGAAUUUUUUUUUCAAAUUUUGUAACUUGUGAAAAAUUAUGGUGGAUUUGCAGUAAUUAGGGUUUUUAUCUGUGCAGUUUACUAGAUUCUCUCUAGAUUUCACUCCGAUAUUUCAGGUCAAGGGAGGUUUUCUUGCUUAGGGGAAGAGAAAAGAAAAUGUCAGGAUCUGAGACAGGAGUGAAUGUGAUGACGAGUAGAGAACCGUUCAACACGGGUAUUCAGAAGAGUGUGGUACAGCCACAGCCGGUAGUACAGAACAUGCGUUUAGCGUUUAGUUCUGACGGGACAGCUGUGUACAAACCAGUGACUCCACCGUCACCUACCUACCAGCCCAACCCGGCGGAUGGUGGGCCCACAGGGGUGACAUCUCCACAAGGAGCGAAUAUGAACAUGGGAGGGAGUGAGUCCAUGAAGCGGAAGAGAGGUAGGCCGAGAAAGUAUGGGCCAGACGGCACAAUGGCACUGGCUCUCGUGCCUUCACCUACAUCUGCCUCCGCUAAUCAAUCGGGUGGCGGAGGCUUCUCUCCUCAAGGAGGAUCGGCUUCGCCAAAUUCUUUGAAGAAAGUUAGAGGAAGACCGCCUGGUUCUAGCAAGAAACAUCAGCUUGAAGCUCUUGGAUCAGCCGGGGUUGGAUUUACACCACAUGUUAUCACUGUGAAAGCUGGAGAGGAUGUAUCAUCGAAAAUAAUGUCAUUUUCUCAGCAUGGUCCCAGAGCUGUCUGUAUCCUCUCAGCAAAUGGAGCCAUAUCUAAUGUGACUCUCCGUCAACCAGCAACAUCUGGUGGAACUGUAACCUAUGAGGGGCGAUUUGAGAUUCUUUCACUUUCUGGUUCAUUUUUGCUAUCUGAAAAUGGUGGUCAGCGGAGUAGAACUGGAGGACUUAGCGUGUCAUUAUCUGGCCCAGAUGGUCGUGUUUUAGGUGGUGGAGUGGCUGGUCUGCUAACUGCUGCAUCCCCUGUUCAGGUGGUUGUGGGGAGUUUCAUUGCUGAAGGUCGGAAGGAAUCAAAAUCAUCUAACCAUAUGGAACCUUUAUCUGCCCCUUCAAAGAAUAUUGCAGGUGGUGGGUCUGCAGGAGCUAGCAGCCCACCCUCACGCGGGACUCUGAGCGAGUCGUCCGGUGGACCUGGGAGCCCACUUAAUCAGAGUACAGGGGCCUGCAAUAACAAUCACCCACAAGGCAUGGCCACAAGCAUGCCAUGGAAGUAAAUGCUCUGUAACUGAAAAGCUAAUUUGUGUAGUAGGCAUGGGCUCUGGUGUUGUGUACUAUUUACUGUAGGCAUUAAAGAGACCCAUUAGUAAUCUAAGCAAUGUGUAAGUUCUGUAGAAUAAGACUAUCACAUGCUUUCUGUAUUUGACUUUGAUGCUGGCUGGAAAGUGGGAGUUAGGUAGCUUUUAGAGGUGGGCUUUGGCUUUUGAGGUGGCUGUUGUUUAGAAGAUAGAGAGGUUUUUUUAGAAGGUUUUAGAACAGUUUGCCAUUGUAUUGGCUCAUUGUAGUUGUU